GGAUUACCCAGCUUAGGAAUAAAGGCCGUGCGCUGAUUGGUCCAAGAUCAUGCCACUUAGCCAGCUCAACAGGUUGCUUGCAUGGACUUAUACCUGUCCAAUGAUGGGUUUUGAGGACCAGAGUUUCCGGCUGGUCGUGGUCAAGACCAGCCCGGGAGUCCCGAGUGCGCCCUUUUAUGAUCUAAAUGGUGAGGAAGCUAAAUGUGAGGGCACUGGCUGCAGGAAGUCAUGAUGGUGCUUUACAAAGGACCGCGGCUCUUGGACUUUGCAAAGGCUCCUGCUUACCUUCAGUUCAACAAAUAUGUCCUGACGGGUUACCGGCCGGUGUCCACAGCUGAAGAGUGCGUAAGGAGCCUCUUCUACAUGCACAAUGAGCUGGGGAACAUCUACACACACGGAAUUCCUUUCUUCCUUUUCUUGGUGCUGCUACCUUUUAGUAUCCCCUGGAAGGAGGUGGACAGCAUCUGGAUAUGUGUUGUCCACUAUCUGGCCUGCCUCUGUCCCACCAUGGGAUCAGUGGUCUACCAUUUGUUCAUGAACCACGUGGGAGGAGAACACGUGUACGACACGCUGCUCUCCCUAGACAUGGUCGGCGUCUGCCUAGUUAACACCCUCGGGGCAAUUCCAAUCAUUCAUAUCACCCUCCUCUGCUACCCAAUCGUGCAACAGACUGCCUUGCUGGUCUAUAUCCUCCUGUCAGCCCACGGGAUCUACUGUGCCACCACUGCCCGCACUAACGUCCGGCGCCUGCAAUCGUUUGUCUGGCAGGCCUUGUUCCGUUUCAGCCUCUUCCUGUUUCGGGUUUAUGGCAGUGGGGUAGGAAGCCCAAAUUCCCUGCGUCUCUUUGUCAUCAUGGACUGUCUAGCUUUAUUGGGAGGGCUUGUCAACAUUGUCCAGAUCCCUGAGCGCUUCAAACCAGGAUUGUUUGACAACUGGGGCAACAGCCACCAGAUAAUGCAUGUCAUGGUUAUCUGCUCAAUUAUCUACCUACACUGGGGCACACUGGAGGAUUUAGCCUGGAUUAAGAGCUACCAGUGUCCUGCUGAGUGAUGCCAAGUGCAGCUAGUUCACGCAUGCUUGCAGUCAAGGCUAUACUUGAAUUUAGCAUUCAGUGAGGGAGGAGUAUAUGGAGGGCCGAAACUGCCAAAAUCAAUACUCUAUAGAUAUAUAUAUUAAAAUAUUAAAGAAAUAUGCCAUUAACUGCCCAAAAAUAACUACUGUAAAUUAAUAUAGCCAUUAAUACGUUUAUAAAAUCAGAUAUAAAAAUAAAUGUUUUGAUUUAUUUCCAUAUUUACAUUUGUAUUCCCCCAUUUAUUUACCUUCCCAUUUAAUUUUCAAUGUAUAAUUUCUCUAAUUACCCAACUUAUCAAUUUAUUUAAUUUUCUAGCUAACUAGUUUAGCUAGCUUUAGAUAACCCAACUCUAGGUAACGUAACUACGUUAGCUAACUUAGCUAGCCUAUCUAAAGUAGCUAGCUUUAGUUAAAAGUUACAUUCACACUUAUUUAAUCACAGCCCCUUAUUCAGAUAAUGAAGCAGAAGUGCUUCAAUAAAUCUGACAAUUAAAUACUGAUGUGUAUAAAAUAAGGUUGAAAAAUGCAAAGGGGGAAAAAGUCCCCACAAAAAACCCCUAUUCUUAAAUGUAACGUUUACAUAAAAAGCUAAAUUAAAAGGGAAAGUCAAUAAAUAUGAAGUUAAUAUACAGAAGCAAAUUGUGUUUUUUUCUUAAAGUUACAUUUAAAAAAUGCACUUUAGUCCUAGCUGCUGAAAUUCUUCACAGGGGAAGUUCAUAAUUUGACAUUUUGCCAAAGAAGAAUAAGAGGAACCUACAGUGUUCUAACUGUAAAUCACAUCAUUGUAUCUAAUUGAAAAUCCUGAACAUACUUGAUUUAUAGAGGUCGAUAUGCAGUAGUUUGGGGGUGUAAUGCCCUUAAAUAGUUUUUUAAAUGAAAGAAAAAAAAUAACUGUGAGAAAGAAAAUAUCUAUUUUUAUAUCUUGGUCCAAUCUGUAUUUAACCCAUGAAUGGUGAUAAACGAGAGAAAUAACAGGAGUAGUUGCAUGCUUCUGCUGUUUAAUUGCAAGAAAGAUAUAUUGUAUGUACACUUGACUCAAGAAGUCACUGAUUUUGCUAUUGCUAUCAUUUAAAAUGAAUGGGUUUUUGUGACUUGGCAAAAAAAAAAAAAAAUGUUAGAUUCAUCUUACUGCCCUUCUUGUGAAUUGAGGAUUUUCUGUCUUUAGCUUAAAAACCAUCAAAACUGCAUCAAAAUUAAGUGAAUUUAUGGCCACUUUAGAAAAUCAGGCAUGUUCAUUUGAUUUGUAAAAGAUGUGGCUGUUACAGGGGUGGAAUUUCUCACGACUCGUUGUUUCAUAACACAUUGAACAUUCCCAUGUUUAUCUGCAAAACUGAGGGCGGGUAUCGGGAGAAGUCUGGGGUGUUUGUGUGGAUCAGUCUUCAUCUGAGCUACUGUUGUCCUCGGCGUCUGAAAGGUCGGCGAUGGGAAACCGCAAUAUGGCAGCCACCCCACUCAGCUGAGUCAGUUCUGGUGAGACAGUCCAGAAUAAAUCAAAAGGUGACACAUCCUGUACUGCGGACUGGCGUUAUAUUUAAUUAUAAAAAUCCAAUCGGUGCAGUUGUAGCACAAAUUCUUGACUUCUUAUUUGAGUAAGACAUCAAUAAAGAAUGAGAUUAUCACUUUA